CCCUCCUCCGUAUUGACAGCGAACAUAAAAAGGACAUGAAGCCCCGCCGUUUGAAACGACACUUAGCCACUUAGCUGGCUAAUUAGCUAGCUCGUUAAACCGCGGACACCAUUGUCCUCAUAAAUCAUUGUCGCCUAAUGGUGUAACUCAUCGUAAACCCGCGGCAUUUAUGUAGUUAACUAAUCUUUUUUUUCAAUGGCGUUCAAUGGCCACCAGCGCGACGAUGAUACUGUCGACGAAGACGAAACGCCCACGAAGCAGCCGCGGUCCAACAAGGAGAUGCCCGGCUAUUUCCGAAGCGAGCCCGGCAGCGAGGCGGCCGCGCCCGCGGGGAGAGCCACACCCGACCGGCGCAGCUCCAACGCGACGGCGAGGCAUCGGAGCGACUCGGUGAAGAAGACAAGGCCGCCAUUUCCCUGGUUUGGGAUGGACAUUGGAGGCACUCUGGUGAAGCUGGUGUACUUCGAGCCCAAAGACAUCACAGCAGAGGAGGAGCAGGAAGAGGUGGAGAACCUGAAGAGCAUCCGGCGCUACCUGACCUCCAACACCGCCUAUGGCAAAACGGGCAUCAGGGACGUGCACCUGCAGCUGCAGGACCUGACGCUGUGCGGCAGGACGGGCAACCUGCACUUCAUCCGCUUCCCCACGCACGACCUGCCAGCCUUCCUGCAGAUGGGCCGCAACAAGCACUUCUCCAGCCUCCACACCACCCUCUGCGCCACCGGAGGGGGGGCGUACAAGUUUGAGUCCGAUUUCCGUACGAUGGCGGACCUGCAGCUCCACAAGCUGGACGAGCUGGACUGUUUGAUUCGGGGGGUGCUGUACAUCGACUCAGUGGUGUCCAGCGGCCCCUCGGAGUGCUACUACUUUGAAAACCCCACGGAGCCAGACCGCUGCGUCCAGAAGCCCUAUACACUGGAGAACCCCUAUCCCCUGCUGCUGGUCAACAUCGGGUCUGGGGUCAGUAUCCUGGCCGUCUACUCCGAGAACAACUACAAACGAGUCACUGGGACCAGCCUCGGCGGUGGGACCUUCCUCGGCCUGUGCUGCCUGCUGACUGGCUGCUCUACUUUCGAGGAAGCCCUGGAAAUGGCCUCUCUGGGGGAGAGCACUCGCGUGGACAAGCUGGUCCGGGACAUCUACGGAGGAGACUAUGAGAGGUUUGGACUGCCGGGCUGGGCUGUGGCCUCAAGUUUUGGCAACAUGAUGUCCAAAGAAAAGCGGGAGUCAGUUUCCAAAGAGGACCUGGCCAGAGCAACACUGGUCACCAUCACCAAUAACAUCGGCUCCAUCACCAGAAUGUGCGCUCUCAACGAGAACAUUGAGCGAGUGGUGUUUGUUGGGAACUUCCUGCGAGUCAACACCCUCUCUAUGAAGCUGUUGGCUUACGCAAUGGACUACUGGUCCAAAGGCCAGCUCAAGGCGCUUUUCCUUCGGCACGAGGGUUACUUUGGUGCGGUUGGAGCCCUGUUGGAGCUUCUGCAUCCGUCCUAAUCCAUCCAAACUACAUCCAAAGAAGUACUUGUCAAUCUGCUGCAAAGACCAUUAGCACUUUACACUGUUCACAAUCAAUUCCACAGUGGAUUGUUAUGCCAGCCGCCCUCCAGGUACUGGUCAGCUGUGGUUGUGGUCGGCUCACGUUCGGAGGUGCUGUUAUGUACUCAGAAAUGAAGCUGGGCUGUAAAGCGGUGAAAGUAAAUUUAGAGGUUUUUUUCACACGUCUGCUGUUGUGAAUGAAAGUUGAUUUCCUGCCUGAAUUUGUAGAUGGAACCAGAUUUGGUCUGAAACAUCUCAAGGAAAAUCACCAGGGUUGCCUGAAAUACUUAAUUUAAGAAGCACAUGUGUUCAGGUAGUCUUGUCUCGUUGACUGCGUUUACCCCCUCAGUCUGUAUCAGGUUCUGGGCCAAACAUUUGCAACUACUUUUAACUGUUUAUUUUAGCAGACUUGGGUACCAGGUGGAUGGAGGUAUUUGUGAGGAAAGCAUCAUUUGUCAUUGUUUAUGAGUAGAGUUUGAUGUUGUUUGAAUGUCAGAAAAUAGUGAAAAAUACUCCACUUAAGUUUCCAGAACUAAAAAUUGAAAAUGCAUGUUUGAAACUCAAACAUAUUUAGUUUGGGUUCCGAACUGUGGUAAUCGUUCACAUUAGAGGAGGAUUUUUGUUCAAGUUUUUAAUGGGAAAAUACUUAAAUUGUAAAAUUCUAUGUAAAAAUGCAUCUUUAAAGAGCAUUUACUAUUUCAGUGACAGAAAUAUUGACCUGUCAAAAAUGAAUACUGUUUAAGGAGGUUAUCCUCACAUUGUGAUUUUAAUUGGUACUCCAGAUUCCCCAGUUCUAAAAAGAUAAGAUAUUGAAACAAGUAACAUUGGUAACUCUUGUAAAAGGGUACAAGUACUGUCUAUUUUCAAGAUUCAGUAACUUUAUGGUCCACGUUGAGCUUUCAUCCACCUGGUACUUUUGCUGGAAAAAGCUAGAACACUGCAAAUCAUUUACAACCACUAAAUCUUAACCUUUUAGUAUUUGUGAGUGUUUGUUCAUUGUCACCUAUUGGAAUUUGAACUGAUGGCAAGAACGGUAAAUAAUUUUUUAACAGUUACUGCAAAAAACAAUAUUUCCUCACUGAGUCACAUUUAAAGUUACAUUUCACCCACGAUCAUAAACUGUUAUUGAAUGUGUUUUAUCAUUUUUAAAUGGUUUCUGUUUCCAUGAACGGUAAAUAUUUCACUGUUACAAUAUUGUACCUAAUUUAAAUCUCAGUGCUUGUGAAUGCAUUUGCUUUAUUUGUAAAACUGCAGCAUCAUCUGCACUGCUGAAGUGCCCUAAAGCCACUGCAUCCUUCUGCUUUUAAAGAUAUGUGCACAGAAAGCAGACUUUCAGCAGAGGUGACCCCAAAUCAGUUGUCAGUGUUUAGCAUGUAUGCACUCAUGUACUGUUUAAUUCACAUCUCAGUCCAAUAAUCCUCUCGAGGGUUUAUUUUUUUAGGAAAGAUCUAGUAAUUUAGACCUAGGAGAUUAAACCUGUGAUUUAUUGUCCAAAACCUUUCAUUUAAUAUUAAUCCGUCCUAUUUUAAUGUCAUUUCUUUCCUCAGUAUUCAGUCCAAACAUGAUUUACAGGGACCACAAUAAAUCAUAAACUACCUAAUGAAGACAUUUCACUAACUAAAUGUUUUUUUUUCAGCUGUCAGCUACUGGAGAUAACACACCUGCAAUUUGUACAUACAGUAAGUUGAGUUUAAAUUAAGUGCCUAUAAUUUUUUUGUCUAGAACACAAUGCUAUAUUUAGCAAUGUGAUUUUAAAAAUAGAAAAACCGAUAUGUGUUUCUAAAGGUUCCCCGCUGUUUGCUUGUACGUUGCAAGGAAAACUUUGUACUUUUUUGUAACCGAGCGAUGUCACAUUUCUUAUUGGAUUUCCCUAUUAAAUAGGAAUUCUGUA